AAUGAGGAGAAGGCUGAUAUAAACAAUGAGAAUGAAGAAACACUCAGUUAUGAUAUUCUUUUUCAAGUUCGCCAUAAUAUAGAAAAUAUGACGCUUGAGCUUACAGAUACUGAUAUAAACAAUAGGGAACUUCAUCAUCUACAAACUAUCUUAAACAGAUAUGAAAGACAUCUUGAUGAAUUUUUAAACAUGCCUCUCUCUACUGCUUUUCUUAAUAAUGAACAAAUUAAUCAUUUGAUAAGUAAAGAACAACAAUAUAAUGUAGAAGAACUUACUAACCUUAUUGAAAAUAAUCUUUAUCAGCAAAAUUUUUAA